UCUUCAAGGAACAUCGCGACCAGCACAUUACAUCGUAUUACAUGAUGGAAAUAAAUUUAAUGUAGAUACCCUUGUUAUAAUUAUCAACGUGGGACGCAAUCAGUUUUCUAUUCCUCCAAUAUACUAUGCGCACUCGUCCGCCAGACAAGCACGCACCAAUGCAAUUCUAAAAGGAACUUAUGAACUUCGGCCAGUGCUUCCGACGCUUGCGCAAUGUACUCCAUAUGAGUUCACAUAUUUUUCAUAUCACAUCACAUCACAUCAUAUUGAUAUCACAUCACAUCAUAUUGAUAUCACAUCACAUCAUAUUGAUAUCAAAUCACAUCAUAUUGAUAUCACAUCACAUCAUAUUGAUAUCACACCACAUCAUAUUGAUAUCAUAUCAUAUCAUAUCACAUAA